AUGGCGCACAAAGUGAUUGUGGACGUUGAGGCAGGAACGCAAUCAAAAUUUAGUCCAGUCACGCAAAUGCUGGUAGAUCUGUGCCGCACACACGACUCAUCCUACGCGCUCUAUCACAUCGGCCAGCAGGCCACAGCGGGCGUUAAACAAUUCACCGAAACAGGCAAGAGUGAUUUGCUAGACAGUGUUACUGGUGAACAGCAACAACAACAAAUGCACCAACAACAACAAUUGCUUCAACAACAAAAUGCCGCAAACGGAAAUUCAUUUGGCGGCUUUGUAUCAACGUCCACAGCCACCACGAUGAAGGGUAGUGGUGGUAGCGGUAGUGGAUCUGUUGGUGAACGCAGCGUUUUCGAUGAGUUCAACAUACCGGCAGUGUUAGUGGGCGAUGGACGCCAAGAGGCGAAAUUCUUUGUGGAUAGCAAUCACAGUCUGGUGUCACUAAUGACGCGCAUUGUACCAUCGCCCGAUUGGUUUAUCGGCGUCGAUUCGUUUCAGCUCUGCGUCGGCGGCUCCUGGAUUGACACUGUGACCAUUGAAAUGGAUCCACUCGAUGCGGGCACCGAUAAUGGCUUCACCUUCACCGCACCCAAUUGGCCGACAUCGCCGCAAGGUGUCAUCUAUCGCAUCACAUCACGCUAUCCAGCACAUCCGGCGAGCAGCUUCUUCUAUCCGAAGAGCAAACGAUUACCGCCAAUAGCGACAUUUCAAUUUAUUAAGCUGAAGGAGUACGAGCUGAGUGAAGUUUUCAACUUUGCCGAAGAUGAUCGCAAAUAUGAGACGGUGAAGACACAAACGCAUUUGGAAGCGGAACACGAUUCCACCAUUACUAAUAACGAACUCUCCGCGAGCAUUGAACGUGAACGCCAAAAUGAAAUAUCUGCACAACCCACUUCGGUGACGGAAAAAGAUCGCAUACGAUCGCGAUUGUUGGCGAAAAUGAAUCCGGGCUACAAUAAUAGCAGCAACAUUGCCAGCAAUGGCAAUAACGCGAAUGUAGUGCCGAAAAAUGAUAAAAAUGCCAUCAUGCAAAACAUUGCCAACAGCUAUCGUCGCUCGGAGGCGAACUACAAUUCCUCUUCAUCAGCACCAGCAUCCUCUUUGCCGUCCUCGUAUGCUGCUGCCAACUGGAUGGGUCCGCUGCCGAAACGUCGCCGCACGAAAUCUCGUACGAAGUCACGCGAUUGCCGCGUCAGCCACUGGUCCGAGUGGUCGCCCUGCAGCAAAACUUGCGGCAUCGGUGAGAUGCAUCGAUAUCGGAAGGUCAUCAGGCAUGGCAAGCGUGGCGGGCGGCCAUGUCCUGCGCUGCAAGAGUCGAAAUGGUGCGGCACAGAGAAGGGUUGCCACUCGCCGGCGACCUACUUCAAUUGGUCCACUACAUGAAGGACGCAGCGCGAGCAAGCGUAGUUUGUAACGUAAGCGUAUGAUUUCUUUUACAAAAAAUAAGAAACAAAAAAUACAAAAAACACAAAUAAAAAAAAUGAAAGUAAUAAGUAAGUGCAGCAAAAAAUAUAUAAAAACAGUGAAAAGUAUUUAAAAAAAAUAUUUAAAAGCUAUAUAUACACACUUACAUGAAAAAUAAUACAAAAACAUGUAAAACCGUUUAAUGUUUGCUAGUACGCGAGAGAAUGGGUAUUUUGCGAUGACGAUUAUAUUUUGCGAUCAUCAAAAAAUUUAAAAAAAGUUUGAGUCAAAAAUAUAUAUUUGACAAGCCGAUGAAAUAAAAUUAAAAUUAAAAUUAAAUAAUUAAAAUUUAUGUUUAAAA